AUGAAGAUCUGUUUUUGUACUUUAGGUUGUUUUCCUUGUCAUUUCGACUUUGAAAGUGGAAGUCUUGAUGGCUGGACUAAGUCUGGAACUGCGUUUAAUAAUCAGCCAACCUAUGGGGACAACCCGACAGCACGUGGCAGAGGGCAGCCUGCAAACCAACAGGGAGAUUGGUGGAUUGGAGGUGCGGAAAACCGUCCCAGUCCAAGUUCCCCAGCGGGAUUAUUACAAGGCGACGGACCACAGGGAACUCUCGCAUCUCCACCUUUCACCAUCGCUGCCAGCGGCAAGAUGUCUUUUUUAAUUGGGGGAGGGUGUGACAUUAAUCUCGCUAGAGCGGAGUUGGUUAUAAACAACCAGGUGAACAAGCGCAUUAAAGAUAGAUUUAUAUACACUAAUUACUUUGUCCGCACAAACCUCGUACAGUCAAAAACCAUAUUCAUUCUCGAUUGAGAUUAUCUUCUCUGGUGAAGAGGGCGGAGGGGGGGGGGUCGGGGUCGGGGCUCCCAUAUAUGGGCUAAAUAGGUCAUCAUCAUCAUCAAUCUUUAUUUAUACACGAAAUCGUAUCACUUUUACAUGGUCUUCCUAGGAAUCGUGUGUAAAAUUAUACGAAAAUACUCUAAGAAACUACUUGACUAUAAAGCUAAAAAUACAAAAACUUAUAUUAUAAUAAUAGUUACAAUGAGUCAUAGUGUAUUAGAUUGUCCUUCCCAUGAAAUGAAGUUUUGAAAACAUUUAAACUAGGCAGGUUUCUAAUCUCUGAGGGAAUCUUGUUCCACAGAACAGAUCCUCUGUAGUGUAGGCUCCCUUUUGCAGACUCAGUUCUGGGUCUGAGGACAUAAUAAUUUAACUCCGAAUUUCUAAGAUUGUGGGAGUGUACAUUUGAGGUGUUGGUAAAGAUCCGCCUCAUUUAUCACGGGUAAAGAUCAUUAUGGAUUUUAUACAUUGUCAGAGCCGACUGUUUAAGUCUUACAUAUUCUAACCUUUCCUAGCCAAGCUUAUCCGACAAAAAAAUGGGCGAACCUCAUAGUUAGAAAAGGUGAGAAUUCUAACAACCCAAUUCUGCAUCUUUUGAAAUUUGUCCUCUAGUCCCUUAUUGAUAUUACCAUACACCACUACAGUAAUUACAAUAUGGCAUUACAAGUGCAUUAUACAUAUUCACUCUAAUAUCAAAUGGUAUAAAAUGACUUGCUCCCUUAACAUAACAAGACCAGCGUACAUUUUCUUUAAAACGGGCGCCAGUUCAAAGAUUCAUCAAUUUGAACUCCAAAAGAUUUAUGUUUAAUUACUCUUUCUAACGGUGUAUUAUUAACUUUGACUGUGAAAUCACUGUUUAUUUGAGAUAACUUAAAUUUACUCCCUAUAAGCAUUUAUUUAGUCUUCUUAACAUUCAAAGGUAAUUUGUUUGCUGACAGCCAUGACUGAAUUAAAUUCAUAUCAUAAUUCAUUUUAUAUUCAAGGACACAUGAGUCUUGUGCAGAUGAGGUAAGGGUGAUAUCAUCUGCAUACAUUCUGGGUUUUGAAGACAAAUUACAUGAAGGGAGAUCAUUAAUAUAAAUAGUAAAUAAGAGGGGACCUUUAAUAGAACCCUGUGGAAUACCACAUGUUAUAUUACAGAAAUCAGAUUGAGCUCCAUCAAUAAACGUUCGUUGCUUUCGGUCACAUAUAUAGGACCCGAAACAGUUAAGAGAUUGAGAAUUGACCCCAUAGAGUUUAAGCUUUCCCAGUAGGAUAGCACGAUCCAUGGAGUCAAAGGCUUUUUUCAAGUCCAGGAGUAUCACACCAUGUAAGAGAUUUUUGUCAAUAUUCCAUAGCCAUUCAUUCGUUGCCUCAAUUUUAGCUUUUUCAGUAGAAAACAUAGGUCUGAAGCCAGAUUGUGAUUCAGUUAACAAGUUAUUAUCAUUUAGACAUUCAUAUGGUUGGUGAAAAAACAACUCUUUCAAUUAGUUUACUUUCUACAGGCAGAACUGAGAUAGGUCUGUAGUUGUUAGGAUCAGUCUUGAGGUCCUCUUUAAAUAUUGGCGAAACUCUAGCUCGUUUCCAAGCAUUUGGAAAUAUUCCAGUGGUAAUUGAGAGAUUUAUUAUAAAAGUUAAACUACGAGUAACUGUGGGAGAUGGUAUGUUCCACCAGGCAGGGUAUGGUUUUUGAGGGUCUCUAUCCUCCAUAAGAGUAUCUUUUUUCCCCUUGUUGGCGAUGUGUUCCCGGUGUGACCCAUAGGUAAGGCACCUUAAUUGUAUCUGAUAAGAUUCAAGUGUGUAAAUGCCAAGUUAGAGGAAAAUAAGUCAUCUGAUCCCUUAGCCUAAUAGGAAAGGGUACCUGAAAGCGAUUCAUUGGAGAUUUAUGUGCUACCAUUAGAUUCUUAAUUUUUUUCGUUGAAUAUAUGGUGUCAUUUUUCGGGUUUGGUCCUUAAAUAGGGAACCAACUUUCAUUUGUCUCAUCCUUAAAUAGAAGCUAAUAUUGUCAUGGUUUAAGACCCUGCUCCAGAUGUGGUUUUUGUAUGAGAAGGAUUUUGUUUUUACAUAGCUUCAACUCUAGUUUAUAUUUUGCAGGUGGUGAGAAAAGCAACUGGAAAAUGUACAGAGACUAUGGCUCGUCAGACGUGGGAUGCAAGUGAAUUUGUCGGUCAGAAAGCCUUUCUUCGCUUAGUGGAUACCUACUCUUACGGCUGGGGCCACAUCAACUUUGACGACCUACGCGGAGAUAUAAACUUUGUGUAUUGCAACAUUUAUUAA